AUGCUGUUAUUCCUGGAGGUGCGUUCCAUUGUUUCCCAUAAAGAACGAAAAGUCAACCGCCUGUCGUGGAAGAACGCUGGGCGAGGACCAAAGGCAGGGAUAGAGGCCAGAAAAAGAUCCUCAGCAGGUCUACUAAGUCAACCUCUACUCAACAACUCCUCGAUCUUCGAGUCAUCACUCACCACCACAUACGGCCCGGCUUCUUCCACCUACUCAGGUCUCAUCCUCUCCUCAAUCACCCUCAUAACUCUUGCCAUAUUCACCCCUCGCACUUCAGACUCCUCCUUCAGGCAGGCCCCUCCUCUCGGGUCCUCAUACGGCCCUCGAAAAAUUCUUCGGGCCAAUUUCUCCCCAAAUAGGGCUUCUUCACUCUCUUACUGA